CCAGAUUCCAACUCAUUGACCGCAAUGAAUCUGAUAAUUAUAACGGACAUGGCUGAACGUGCUUGCAAGGCACUCAUCUCUAUCUUAUCCAAUUUUUCCCAGCAUAUGCAUCUCAAGACUUUCAAUGAUAUCUAUCGAGCAAAGAAUGGCCGGCCUCACCCAGAGCUUUCGACAAUUGCUCUCAUGGAACGGAAAAUCAGGCUAUGCGCCGCCGAAUCGAACAUCACAGGAAGCCGCAACAGCCCAAUCAAGGGGUCCGAGAAAAGAAAGACCCAUUAAAAACACUGCGUUGCAUACCGUUCGAGAUCUUGCCUCGCAAGACCAGGGUAGCGAUGGUGUCACUGAACUUUGGGUGCCGUUCGUCUUGCGUCGAAAAGGCAUGGCUCUGUUCUUGGGCGUGUUCAUCGCCCUUCUAGUCACUUUGGUAUUUUUAUACGUCUUUUCAAACCAAAACCACGGCCUUGUGACUGUGAAACAAGAAGACCUGCAUUACUUAUGGACAUAUGGGCCUACUGCAGGUGGGAACGCUCCUAGAAGCACAUGCAUUGUAUCCGAUUUUGUGACUGAUGAGCAAUACAGUUUUCAUGGUCCUCGCCGCAUUUUGGUCUGUGGUGCAAUAUCGGGCAAUGCAGCUAAUGCCAUGGUUGUUGAUGCUGCGCAGCCCACGAUGUCCUUCGGAUGGAAUCUUACUUGAUUAUCAUUCAGACUGGGUCAUGAUCAGUCUCUACAAUUCUAUAAAGCGGAAGCAUUUUUUCAUCACCUUUACGAUCCUGGGCACCCUUCUCCUUACCGGUGCAACGGUAACUUCUACUGGCCUACUGACCGUCCAAACGAUGCGCUUUGACCGAGAGACUUCGAUGCGCGUGCCCUGGGGCUUUAGUGGCUCUGACUAUGACCCCAACACUGUAGACUCCCGCGCGUAUGCAACGCAGAUGGCGGUAGAGCUAUUCGAUGGAUCACCGCCUCUUGGCCUUCAAGAGAAUCAUGCCUUUUCUCCUUUCUACGCUGAGAGCGGACGUGCUGGGGAUACCUUCAUGUCCAAGAAUCUAUCCCAGGCUACCGUGGAUGUUUUCACAAUGGAGCUUGAGUGUGAAGAUACACCUAUCUCGACCCCACAGAGAGACGUUAUUGCAACACACCCGAAAAACGAAAAUUGCUCGCAUAAUUAUGGCGGUCCGAAUUUUGUGAAAGAUCCGCGAGAUCAUGAGUAUAAACUAUUCAUGAAGCUUUCCGGAUGUGAAGGCCAAGAGGCCUUUUCAAGCUCGCAACCCAUACGAGAGAUCGAUUGGCGUAUAUGGGUGCUGUUGAGCCAUCUCGAGCCUAAUGCGACCAUUGUGAACACAGGGGGAUGGUCUUUAGCGUAUGGGCCUGAUGGGCCUUACUACAACAAAUCGACUGCUUUUGUUUCGUGGAGGAUUCUAUCAAAAGUGUGCACCCCACGGUACAAGAUUCGCAAAGCUCUGACCAGUAUAUCAUAUACCAACGAUAGCAGCCCUACUGUCGGCACGAUUGAUUUUGACGAACAGGGCAAAGCAGAUACUAUUCCAGGGGUGUCAGCUAGUGAUAUCUUGUAUGGAGUAUGGCACUCUUUGUCUGUUUCCACAAAAUCGGCUCAGACCCCUGACGCAUUACUGCUAUCAACCGAAGAGAACGGCAUGGCGCAAUACUGGGACACGGAUCGCCUUCAGCGAGAGCUCAAACAAAGGGUAUCCACUAUGGGGGCUCAAGUUGCUCGUCAAUAUAUGCUAAAGUCGGCUGAUAUUGUAACCCGUGGGAGAGCCAACGGUUUGGUAAAACGGCUUGUGGUACGGGAAUUGGCUUUUGCGCUGGUGACGACAAUUCUUGGGCUUCUCAUCGCCAUUGCGAGUGGUCUUAUCAUCGUGUAUCUCCCGGUAGCAGCCUGCCCUCGUGACCCUGGUUCAAUUGCUGGCUUGGCGACUAUUCUAGCAAGAAGCCCGGAGAUGAUGGAACAUCUGACUGACAUGGGCCCUAAACCGAUCUCUGCAAUUACGGCUCUGAUAUCUGACCAGAAGCAUGGCGUAUCAGCUACGCGUGAAGGGGAUUUUGUGAUCACUACGCAACGUGUGCCGUCUGCGAACAGGCGUCCAUUCACAGGCAACGACCAACUCCAGUGGUGGCGGCCCCUCUCUGUAAGAAUACCGGUGCGCUCUUUGACAUUCGGGAUUCCCUUGGCUUUGAUAUGUACCCUUGAGAGUCUUUCUCAGCAUUCAAAAAGAUCCGGGGGCAUAGCUCCUAUUGAAGAUGAGAUCUCGCCAGUGCGAUACACAUGGACCUAUAUUCCAGCAUUGGUCAUGCUCGCGGUGCGGAUCCUGUUUCACGAUCUUGAAUCCUGUGCCCGAAUCUUCCAGCCGUACAACUGUCUUCAGCGAGCCCACGCAGUGCCUCGGAUGAGUAUCCUGGAGGAUUACAAAGGCAAACUCUCUCUAGUGGUCUUACUAGAUGCGGCACGUAAGCGGCAUUGGGCACUUGCGGCUGCUGCAAUGGGCGUGCUGGUGUCAUUUGCUCUCCCAAUCGCCGUGGCCGGCCUAUACACCACCGACACUGUGAUGCAACCGAAAGAAGUUAACCUCACCCGACUGGACCAAUGGAGGUUCAAGGACUUUGAAAAUUACCCAUAUACACGCUAUCGGGCCAAAGGAAAUCUGCUCGGGGGCUUGCUGCUAUAUCUUGACGAUGUCUCCGAGCCCCAGUGGACGUACCAAAACCUCGCUGUUCCGAAGGUUGUGCUUUCCGAUUUAUCGAUGGACCCAGGAUAUUUUGAUGCUCGCUUACCUGCGGUGCGUGGCAGUUACGCUUGUCAACAAAUUCCACCGGAUCAGAUCACUUGGGAGAUCAAGGGAUCAAACGAGCAUUUAGAGGAUGCGGAUCCUUCAUCUCGCUCGAUUUAUCCCACUUACACAAAGCAGAAGGCGUGUACAGGCUUUGAUCAAGUCACUGAGGUGCCUUUUGGUGUCGAGCUUCCAGAAUCCGGAGGUUAUUUCGUUGGCGUGUAUAUUACGGGAAACGAAGACUGUCCGCAAUAUAUGGAGGUUUUUGGUAAAGCCAAUGGUACUCGAGAGGAAGAUAUAGAGGACUUUUUCGUUCUCGGAUGUUCGCAGCGCCUGGAACAGGUGGACGUGGACCUACGCUUGUCUCUCCCUUCAUAUAACCUGGAUCUCUCAAAAGCACCAACUAUUGUCGCAAACUCAAGCAAGGUGCUUGUAGAGCGUUGGCUCAAUGAAACUUUCCACUGGCCUGUCUUACCCAACACAACCGACGCCUUGCUGGACUUUUCUAUGGGCAACAACGAAGAUAAGAAUCUGUCGAUGUUGGACCGCACCCUUCGCGCUUCAAUAUACGGAAUCAACGGGACAAAGAAUCCGGAUGACUACCUUGACCCGACCAUGUAUAUAGAGAGAAAAAACUGGGUCCUCGGCACUGUGACGGCGCAAAUCCUAAACAGCCAUGCCCGAAAGGGCUUGAACACAUCGGAACAGUAUGUCGUCGGCACGGCGAACCUGUUCCGACCGCGUCUAUACGUCGUUCAAAGCCGCAUCUCCACUUCCAUUCUCGAAGGGGCCCUCGCGACUAUGGUCCUCUGUGGGGCAGCAGCAAUCACGCUUAUGAAGACCCGGCAUGUUCUCCCCAAGAACCCAACCACCAUUGCCGCAGUGGCCAGUCUCCUAGCCGGGUCGGAAAUGAUGAAAGAGAACGUGAUCCCGAGGGGCUCAGAGUGGUGCGACGACAAGGAGCUCAAAAAACGCCGGAUCUUCGAAGACCUCACAUUUAGCAUGAAAUGGUGGCCUGGGCAGGAAGAACCACCCGCCGACGAUGACGAAGGAGACGGGACUCGCUCGAACGGGGCAGUGAGUUCGAUAUCGAGAGCAAGCUCCCGUUCGAGAUCGGAUGAGCUUACUCUGAGGGAGAGCUUGAUCUCAAGAGAGAGUUCACAUUCAGAUGUGGGCUCUACUUUGAGGGGCAGUUCUGUUUCGAAUGAACAUCGUUCCAUCGGGGAAGGUCACCUUCCCAACCAGGCUGUUCAGGAAGAAGCGCUUUCUCUGAACGGGGUUCCGUCGAACGAGGCGCUGGCGGUUAACGCCCUCGACCAGGAUGAAAAUCCUAUUUCGGCUCAAGAACGUCCCCGAGACCGAUUCGGAAUUGACGUGGAUCAGCUGGCGGUAUCGGUGUAGGAUUGGGACUUUCCGUAAGAGAUGGAACGAAGGAAACCGACUUUUGUUAUCUGCUGCGUUUAAUGAAUAUGUUAGAUACUAUAAUGAUACUCGCGGACUUCGAAUCAUAGCAUGACAACCAACGACCAAGCUAUCAUACAUCCUCACUUUUCAUAUGCAAA